AUGGACCGUCCACAAGCAGGUGCAGGAGCGGCAGAGGCGGCAGGAGCGGCAGAGGCGACAGGAGCGGUAGGAGCGGCAGACGCGGCGGUGCGCAGCGCGGUCGCGUCGCUCUACUGCGCGCCUUUGUCCACGGCUCGGAUCUCUGUCCCUGGAGUGAUGGACGCGGAGGGCAGAGUGGACGAGUCCCGCCUGAGGAUGCACGUUUUCAAACACGCGGGGGUCCAGCCUCACGAGAGAAGCCUGGUGUGGCGUUUCCUCUUUGGCAUGUUUCCCUGUAGUUCCACGGCUCUGGAGCGCCCCCUGCUGCUGGAGCAGAUGGUGGUCCGGUAUCAGGUCCUGAAGGAAAAGUGGCAACAGUUACUCCCUUCCACUGUAGACAUGCACGCCAACGGCACAGAUGCCGAGUUAGUGGCAGCCAUCCAAUACUUCAACAAGAGACAGAUCCAGGUCAAGCAGCAGUCGCAGGAGACCAGCCCAGAGGUCCGAGAGAGACUGGCCUUUUUACAGCUCCAGGCGCAGAUAUUGUUUGAACGGGUUACACUGGAUCGGGAAGAGCUCCUGGAAGCCAUAAGGAUUAUAGACAAAGAUGUCCCACGAACAAACAGACACUUGGACUAUUACAAAGGUGAGGGCUCAGGAAACCUCCUGGUCUUAAGAGACAUCCUCAUCACUUACGCUGCGUUUCAUCCAGAGGUCACCUAUGCUCAGGGGAUGAACGACCUGUGCAGCCGCUUCCUGGAGGUGCUGGACUCAGAGGUGGACACUUUCUGGAGUUUCUCAUGUUACAUGGACAAGUUUUCUAAGGACUUCAGAGCAGACGGCCUUCACAGGAAAAUAGAAUUGGAGGCUGCGCUGCUCAAGGAGCUGGACCCACAUCUCUACGACCACCUCAUCACUGACAACAUGGAGAGCUUCACCUUCUGCCACAGGUGGCUGCUGCUGGGCUUCCAGAGGGAGUUUGAACACAGCGAGGCCCUGCGUUUGUUCGAGAUCCUGAGCUGUGAUCAUCUGGAGCUGGUUUCUCAACAAGUGGAGCGUGUCCGCCACCAAGAGAGACUGAGGCAGAAGAGGCCAUCAGAGAGCAGCUGUGAGAGUCCGGUGGAAAGCGUAAACCCAGAAUUCACGUUUGAGCUCUUCAUCUGCGCCGCCAUCUUGUUGGAAAAUAGAGGUUUCCUGUUGGGCUCUCGAGACGACGUGCAGAUCAUACAGUUUGCAAACAGCCUCCAGGGAACUCUGCACUUAAACAGCGUUCUGAAGAAAGCUGAGCUGCUGUUUUUCGACUACUGCAAGCGUCACUCCUGGGACCUGAGGCGCGGACAGCAGGCCACGGACCGCGGAGACCUCCUUUACAUUCUACGCCACUUAUUUGUAUUGAAAUGA